CAGGAAACGAAGAGAUUGGCCAGCAGGAGAACAAGGUGGGCUGGGGGCCACACCAUGAAUCAACACUGCCAAGUGCAGUUCGCGAUACCAUUACUACCAAGACACAACUGCGAUUUUUGCGGUGGAAAAAUACCAAACUAGGGAAAAACAACACACACAAAAAUUGCCAGUGUUCAGAAAUUAUCGAAAACGUGUCUUUUGCGAAAUUAAAAUGACUUUGUGAUUGUGAUGUGGAAAAUUGUGAUUUUUGGUUUUGUGAUCGCCUGUGUCAGGUGUCAAGGGUUUUACAAGGUCGUGGGGCCAAGAGCAGUCCGCCCCAACAGCGAAUACCAUGUUGCCGUUUCAAUCCAACAAACAUCCGAACCUACGACAGUCCGAGCAACUCUUCAAGGCAUUUCCCCGAACGGUUCGAUCUACACAAGCGACGACCGGGUAGAAGUCCAGCCUUACACGUCCCGAAUCCUCCGGUUGGAGGUCGGAGACGUGGACUCCGGCGACUACAAACUGGUGGUUUCCGGAAAGGGCGGGGUAGAUUUUUACUCCGACUAUCCGGUAGAGUUUGUGGAAAAAAGCUACUCGGUGUUUAUCCAAACCGAUCGAGCGGUUUACAAACCCGGAUCCAAAGUCUUGUUCCGGGCGGUUGUGCUCAACUCGCAGUUGAAACCGGCGGCGGAAGUCCGGAAUGAACUACUCCACAUUUUUGUGACGGACGGGCAAGGGAAUCAGAUCAAGGAGUGGAAAGGAAUCCAGGCUUUGAGAGGGGUCUUCACCGGGGAAGUGAAACUGAGCGAGAGUCCGGUUUUGGGAAACUGGAAUAUUUCGGUCAAAAUCCACGGACAAACAUUCAGCAAAUCAAUAGAAGUCGCUGAAUAUAUUUUACCAAAAUUCAUUGUAAAUAUUCAAGCGCCCAAACACAUGACUUUCAAGGAAAACAUCCUCGUUGCCAAUAUCCAAACCCAAUACAAUUAUGGGAAAAAAGUCAAGGGAGAGGCCACUGUGACCGUUUAUCCCACAAUUUUCUCCGGGGUUAUUCAACCCAUUUUCCAGAACCCGAUCCGGAAAGUAAUCCCGAUCGAGGGUUCGGCCACUGUCACAUUCGACAUUGCCAAAGAACUCAAACUGACUGACGAGUACGAAAGGGUUGUCAUGGUCGAUGUAACAGUUGAGGAAGCUUCAACGGGCCGCCGACAAAACAAUUCGGUCGAAGUCCAUUUGCAUAAAUACAAUUAUAAAAUGGAUCUAAUUAAAACAGCCGAUUAUUUCAAACCGGGGCUCAAAUACACAGCUUAUGUCAAGGUUUCAAGUCACGAUGGGACUCCCCUACGAUCGGAAAAUAGGGAAGUUACGGUCAGAUACGGCUAUUCGCGAGCUGAUGAAGUCUAUGUUACUGAGAAACACAGGUUGGAUAAAAACGGUGUUGCGAAAUUGGAGUAUUACACUCCGGUGAAUGUUACAAACACCACUGCUCUCAGGAUUGAGGCUCAGUACCAGGACCUCAAGGAGCGCAUUUCGCCAAUUCCUGCUGCGGUUUCGUACAGUAACACUUUCCUGCAAGUGUCGCUCGAAACCGAAAGACCGAUCGUAAACCUUGAUGUUGAAAUUUUAGUCAAUUGCACUGAACGUUUGAGAUACAUAAGCUACGUCCUGAUGGGACGAGGCGACGUCCUGAAUGCCAACACCUUCCAAGUUGACAACAUGCACGAAUAUCGGUUUCAUUUCACGGCAACACAUGCCAUGGUCCCGGUUGCCCACCUCAUAGUGUCUUACGUGCGUGACGAUGGAGAAUUGGUGGGAGAUGCCCUCGAUAUUGAAGUUGAUGGGCUUUUGCAAAACUACAUGGAGAUUCAAGUCAAUCCGGUGGAAACCGAACCCGAGCUUGAUAUCGACAUAGCGAUCAGAGCCCAGCCCAAUUCGUACGUUGCUAUAAUGGCAGUUGACCAGAACGCGGUCAAAAUGAGACCUGGGUUUGAUUUAACCCACAGUGAAGUAGCGGAAGAAUUGAAAAAAUACGACCCGGCCCAACAAUCACCAUAUUCCAUGAUAAUGCACGACAGCAAGUACCAUUUCUUCUGGAAGCCGGGGGCUGCCAACCCACACAGUGCCAUUUACAAUUCGGGGGCCGACUUAUUGACCAAUUCUCACGUCAACCGCCACCAACCGACUUUGGAGGAUAUUUACUUGCGGCCCGUUUUCUACGGCACUAGCACCGUCAAACCCGACCGCGGCUUCGGCCUGCCUCUCCACACCGUCACCAGGCCGCCCCUGGCAGGUCCUUACGCUUUCAGUCGAAUCCCUAAGCCCGUUUGGAACAAACCGAAGGUUUACUUGACUGAGGAAAUCGCCGAUACUUGGCUUUUCACCAACUUUUCGUCGGGUUACGAAGGCAAAACUUCAAUUCGGCGAAAAAUACCAAGCUCUCUGAACACUUGGGUCGUCACUGGCUUUUCCCUGGACCCCAUUCAUGGGCUGGGACUGACCACAACUCCCAAGAAAGUCAAAGUAUCGAAAAGCUUCGUCGUAACGCUUGAUUUGCCGUUUUCGGUGCAACGGCGAGAGAUUUUAGCUGUGCCUGUCGUUGUUUACAAUUAUAUGGACAAGGAUGUGAACGCCGAAGUCACACUUCACAACCCGGAACAGAAAUUCGAGUUUGCUGAAGUUUCAAAUAAUGUUAACUCGACCAGAAAAGUGGAGUUGUACAGGCGCAAAAAAAUUAGCAUCAAACGAAACAGCGGCACGUCAGUCUCAUUCAUGAUACGGCCGUUGAAACAAGACACAAUCGAGAUAAAAGUGACCGCAAACAGUCCGAAAAACCAGGACGUGGCAAUUAAGCAUCUUCAAGUCACGACUGAAGGCGAGACGGAAUAUUACACAAAAACCGUCCUCAUCGAUUUACGCAACAACCCCAACUACAAAAAAUCAAUCAAUUUCACGAUCCCACAAAACAUGGUCACCGGUUCGGAAAAAAUCGAAGUUUCAGCUGUUGGUGAUCUCCUAGGCCCGACUAUGGUGCACCUAGAAAAUUUGAUCAGACUUCCAACAGGAUGCGGUGAACAAAAUUUGAUUCAUCUCAUGCCGAAUUUAAUCAUUUUGCAAUAUCUUCGCUACACGAGACAAGUUACCCCAACCAUUCAAAACGAAGCGUUGGAUUUGCUCGAAAAGGGUUACCAACAACAGUUGAGUUAUAAACGCAAAGAUGGGUCGUUUAGUGCCUUUGGAAUGAGGGAUGAGAAGAGCAGUGUUUGGGUUACGGCUUAUGUGGCUCUUACUUUAAGGCAAGCCAAAGGCCAUAUUUACGUUGACGAGAAAAUUAUCGAAGGUUGUCUCGAAUGGUUGGCGAAUAUUCAGGGCCGGAAUGGAAGUUUUGUCGAAGUGGGGUCAGUUAUUUACAAGGAGAUUCAGAGUCGGGAAGGCAAUAGUUUAGCCUUGACGGCUUUUACUCUCUUGGCUUUUAUCGAAAAUCAGAAAUAUGCGUCCACUUAUAGCAAUACAAUUAACAAAGGAUUGGAUUACAUUGCACGGUACAUUUCUGAACAAGAAUCAAUCCAUACGAUAGCUUUGUGUAGCUACACUCUUCAAUUAGCCCGUCACCCGUCGAAACAAAGCGCUUUCAACUUGCUUGACCUCCGUUCAAAGAGCCGAGGCAACUUGAAAUGGUGGUCUAAGGACGUCCCAAGUAACGAGAUUAAAAAUCCCUGGAACAAAUUACCGCGUUCCAUCGAUAUCGAGACUUCAGCCUACGGUCUUUUAACCUUCCUUGAGGCCAAUUACUUCGAAGACGCAAUCCCUGUCCUGAACUGGCUACUAGACCAGCAGAACAGUCUCGGAGGUUUCACCUCAUCGCAGGACACUUUCGUGGGCCUUUGGGCCAUUUAUAAACUAGUCCUGAAGUUGGCAACUAACGUAAAUAUGCAAGUUGAGUUCACUUACGGCAAAGACCAGCGCCACAAUUUCAACGUUAAUAAAAACAACGCAAUGAUUGUGCAAAAACUCCAACUACCGAAAGACAUACGUGAAGUAAACGUGACGGCUCAGGGCAAAGGCUUGGCCGUUUUUAGGGUCUCGUAUGAGUAUAAUAUGAACGUAACCGGGCCUUGGCCCAUGUUUACGCUGGACCCACAAGUGGACAAAAACUCGAAUAAGGACCACUUACAAGUGUCGAUUUGCACAGGAUUUGUGAGUCGCAAUUUGAGUGAAACCCCUGAAAGCAACAUGGCAGUGAUGGAAGUGAACCUCCCGUCGGGUUUCACCGCCGAUAUCGACUCCUUGCCAAGCCUGGAAGUGUCCCAAAAUGUGCAAAAGGUCGAAACGAGCAACGGCCUGACUAGAGUCACCCUCUACUUUAACAACGUGUCAAGUGUAAACGAAUACUGCCCGACAGUGUCCGCUUUUAGGACACAUAAAGUCGCAAACCAAAAACCCGUCUCGGUUAUUAUUUUCGAUUAUUACGACAGUUCGAGACGUGCCAGGCAAUUUUACCGAAGCCGAACGUCAACUCUGUGUGAUAUAUGCGAGGAUGAGGACUGUGGUGAUAUUUGCACCUCAAAGGCGAACCCACAAGUCGGGGAGGACAGUCAGGAAGGCAAAGGCAGCUCGGCUGCUCUGCGUUCGAGUUGGUUGGGUUUCCUAGUUGUUAUGUUUGCCAUUGUGCAAUUGUGAUUGGUGCCGGCGGUACUUAUUGACGAAACCUUUAACAAAAUAAUUCGCUAAUACGUUCCUCAGUUUGGUAGAAAAAUAGAAUUGUUCUUGGUACAAUUAUAGUUAUGUGUUACCAACUUUACCACGCAAGUGGUGAAAAGUGCGUCAUAACAUUUUACUAACACUACUAGUCACCGGUCUCAGUAACCCCUUAGUUGACUGAAUUAAGGGUCAAGUGAUAAACACAACUCCACUCUUGUUUUGUUUAUUUUUAUAAAAACUAGUCUUUGGAUGUGAAAAAAAGAUUACACUAAUAAAAUUCACAAUUACUGAA